CUCUGUCUUUAAUAUGCAACUACUUUUUUUCCUAAUUGUUCGCAUUAGCACGUCAGCCUUCGCUAUUGUGCUCCCUGACCCUGUGCACAUCUACUCGAAGCACCACUUCAUACUCUUGUUGUCUUACGAAAAUUUGGUUGUUUGCGUUCGGCAUCCGUCCCAUAUAAUUAGUGAGGCCUAUAAAUCAAACUGAUCUCGAGCGAGGCAUAGGUGGAGGUUAUCGACAAUCACCCGGAGUGUAAACAAUUUAAAUAUUUGUCAGGCUAACGACUUUUGAAUGGUUCUUUCUCGAGUGAUCCUUUCUAACCUCUCACGAUGCUGGGAGAUCAUUCCCUGAAACUGGUGGCCGGAAAGAAGCACGUUGCGAGCGAAAGGUUCUUCUACGAGGCUACCGGAUACAUAAAGGCAUGGAAGUACCGUGGGAAUCCUACGGUUACAGCGAGCCAGCCACGUUUCUUCGUGAAAAUUUCCCCGAUCUGCUAACAGUUCAUGAGAGUCCCGUUCAUAAGGGAGUGCAUUUAGUGACCUUAAAAAAAGAACCGCAACGGGCAGGACGAGUCAGCAAUAGCGAUGGCCUUAACGGAACAGACGACCAUUCGGGGUUUGGAGCCGGAUCCGCCUCUAUCGUAUCCCGGACGAGUUUAACGUCGAGUAUACCAAGCAGUUGUCCAGACGCAUUGCGACAGAUCAAAAUGACGAAAGACCACAUCCUCAAAAAGCCGGUCCCCGUGCAGUUUCAAACAUACCUGACUCGGCUUUUGAAAAGCUACCCCACCGGAAUUUCAGCAAAAGCUUUUGUUGAAAUGUUUUAUAUGAAAUCUGGAGCUCCAUUAAAUUAUGCAAUGUACGGAUAUCCGGGACACCUGUCCAUGUUCCGAGACCUCGAUGGUGUUUUCAGAGUAGAGACGGGAACCAACGGAGAACAUACGCUGUAUCCAGUGAGUCCUUUCGGAAGCCUGCCAGAGGGAAGUAAACUUAGGGAGACGGUUAACACUCCUUCGAUAGAGAGUAGCACCAACGACGCAGAUCCGUGGACACCUUACAAGUAUAUAAUUAAAGAUUCACAACAUACAAAUUUUGAAUUGGUUAAGAGAGAUUUGUCGGCUGACGUUUCUUAUUCAACGAAUAAUCAAGAGCCGCUGACAAAGUCUUUCGAUAUAAAAGUAGGCCGUUGUCGACAGCAACUAAAUGACACACAACGUUUACGGUCAAAACCGGUUAAUGCUGCUGCUCUCCAACUAGAGACAACAGCUGCUGUUCUAACAGCUAAACAGAGUCGUACGAAAGCCCCACAGCAGCAGCCUCCAGAAAAACAUAAUUCAUUAGUAUUUAAAGAGACAACGCCCUACGGUGAUCUAUUUAUUGUUGAACUAAAUAGAAACUUACUGGUGCCAACAGCAUGCUUGGCAGCAUUAGCCGGCAUGGCUUCGGAUCAGGUGCUCGAAGAGCUUGCCGAAUGUGGAUUGGAUCCGCAAGACAUGAAGUUCUUAUCCGGCCGAGUUCCGGAUCACAAGUUCCUCAGGGUAGAACUAGCUCGCACGAACUGUCCGUUUAUUAUUAACGCCGAUGGAUCCGUUGCGGAUGUGAUAUCGUUAGUACCUAUCGAAAUGUGUUCGACCGUACUUCGCGCUUUGGCAGGGUCGUCUGAGGCGGCAUUGGCGCUUGUCGCGUAACGUUUGACGGCCAGUUUAUUGUUCAAAGAAGCACAGUCUCAAAUGUUCGUUAAAUUAAGUGUCCAUACCUUAUGCAAAGCAAUUUCAUAUGAAAGUAAAUGACUCAGUCGAUGACUAGGGAAUUCUUUCUAUAUUAGGGAAAUAUGUAGAACGAAUGUAUGAUGUAACGUUUUUUUGUAACAUAAGAUUUACCCGUCUUUACGCGAUCAUAAAACGCUUGUGUCGUACGUAAUAACCCUAUAAUUCAAUACAUCCCAUUGACUUUCAUUAGGUAUCGAAGAUCUGGGAAAACAUAAUAAAAAAA